AUGUGUUCCGUCUACUGCCCCUACCACACCAGGAAAUCCCGCAAUUUCCUCAAACUCUCGCCACUUCACCUGAGUUUCUUGCACAGUGAGGGGGAACUUGAUGAAGCGUCUCACUAUAUGAGGCUGUGCAAGGGCGUACACAGUCUCCCGGGUGACCCUGCUGACGUAUCAUCAUCUGCCACCUCAAAAUCAUCACACUCAUCACCAGCAUCCACUGCCACCUCACAUUCAUCACACAUCACCAUCAUCCACUGCCACCUCAUCACCACCACCUCACCCCUCAAGAAGUGGACGCCGGGAGCCCAGGAGAGGGACGGGGGGGACUCCCCUUCAGGUUUUCCAGUUAUAUUUGACAAGGAGUUGUUGGCAUUCCUGGCAGAGGAGACAAACAUGUACGCCGUGUUCCGGAGGGCGGAGGCAGUGGCGUGGCACCAGGCCAACGAAAAGGAGACAGCCAUCUUCAUGGGGUUGGUGCUGCUGAUGGGUAUUGUGAAGCUACCCUCUAUACGGAACUGCUGGACCAACAGCAGGCUUCACAACUACCCGGUCUUCCAGCGGGCGAUGAGUGGAAAACGCUUCCUCGCCAUACUCAAGUACUUCCAUGCAUUCAAUUGUCGUGCGGUGCCCCUGGGGAAUACUGACAGCCUCAUCAAGGUGCGGCCUGUGAUGGAGUAUCUCCUGCGGUUGUUCAAGUCCGUGUACACCCCGACGCAGAACCUGUCGCGCGACGAAGGCUCCUUGGGGUGGAAGGGCCGCCUCCACUUCAGGGUGUACAACCCCAUGAAGCCAACCAAGUACGCCAACAAGGUAUACCUUGUGGCAGAGGCAAAGUCGGGGUACAUCUGCAACCUGCAGGUGUACACAGGCGAGAAGCGGAAACUAGAAGACACCGUGGGGGAUCUCAUCAAGCUCCUCAUCAGCCACUCGUACAGGCUGUACAUGGAUAACUACUACAACUCUGUCCGCCUGUGCGAAGUACACCUGUCGAGGCUGGUGUACGUGUGUGGCACACUUCGGCUGAUGAGGGGAGCACCGAAGAGGCUGCACGACAUGGCAAAGCCACGGCGGCUGGCAGACUACGCGUUGGAGUCUAUGCACAGGAAUGGUGUGCAUGUCCUCAUAUGGAAGGACAAGAAAGUCGUCUCCAUGGUGUCAACCAUGCACACCAACGCCACCAUUGAAAAGACUAUCAACAAGAAGGAGAAGGGCCAAGAUGGGAAGCACCACCACGUGCUCCACACCAUUCAAAAACCUGUUAUGGUCGAAGACUAA